CAGGAAGCAUCACACGCCCUCGCAGCACAACUUGGAACAUCAGAGGCUCAGUGAGAAAAAUAUUUGGUCCCGGAGGAACGUUAAUGUGCAAACUUAAGCUUUGAUUCAAGCAGUCAAUGCAAGGACGCAAAGGGCAUCUUUGGUCGAUCAUCAGUUCAGUCACAGCUGACCCAUGGAAAACAGAAAUGACAGUCCCAUGGCUGUGAAGGUGGAGGAGCACUCUCGCGGUGUCAUCCUGACUUACUUCCAGGGGGACAUCAACAGCAUGGUGGAUGCUCACUUCACCCGGGCUCUCGGCAAAGUCUGCAAGGCCAAAGCACCCGCAGUAAAGACAAAGAAAUUCCGUAAAAAUAUUAAACUGGAGGAGUCCAGCCCCUGUCAGGGCAGCGCUGUUGACUGUUACUCAGAGUCACAGCUUCGUCCUCCUGAGCGUCUCCUGAAUUUCAGCCCUGCAGAAGACGCUCACGGCUCGUGGCACUCGUAUACUGGCCGGGCAGCAGAGGGCCCCGGGUCGCCGUCUAUCGCCUACCCCAUGUCCCCUAAUGGGUUGAGUCUCACCGGACAGCAAUACGCCACAUCUCUGCUCAACCUGCUGCAUAAUGACCGGGGUGAGAUGGGACCCAGCAUGGCCUCCAGCUCUAAGCCAGAACUGCAUCCCAGCUGGACUGUGCCUCAAGGAUUUAGAGACUCUGUGGACCCCACUGCAGGCUUUGAACCAGGACGACGUCUGGACAAGAAGGACUUGUACUGGUAUUGAAGCGAGGGGGGGGGGCGGCUCCAGCUGCAUCACAUACAGUCCUGUUCUUGUGGAUCUGCUAAGCCACCUGGCUUUCUGUUCAGCUGUCAGAUGAUUUCUCCUCAAUCAGGCCUCACUGAGUGUUGUCUGAGAAUACACGGAAAAGAAACACUGCAGCGCUUCCAUUCCCAUGCCUCCAUUUCUGAAUGAAAUGACCUCAGUGCAUCGGCAUGCAGCAAGUGGAGCGGCCUUUCUGAAAGGGAACACUCUUCGACAGACCUGUUCUUCGACUCUGUCACUCCUCUUGUAGAUCUCAAACCCCUGAAUGUGGUGUUGCUUCAGUAGGACGAAGGGCAUUUUCUUCUGCCUUUAUCGGGCUCUUCUCUUAGUGGGCCUACACUAGUAAACAGACCAGUAUUACGAUGUAAAAGUGAAGUAAAGUGAACGUAUGAAGAUUUGUGAGUGUGUAAAUAUCUAUGUUAAUAUCUACAGUUCACUUAAUAUAAGUUUACAUUGCUAUGACAAUAUUUCAUAUAUUCAACAAAACAAAUGAAGGAUAGAGAUGUUAAUGACUUGUUUUCUGUCAGCUUAAACUAUGCAAUGAACAAAAAUGGAAUCAUAUACAAACUUAAAUAAAUAUCAGAGCAGACGAACAAAAACAUCUCAAACACAUCUGUGUUGAACACAGAUAGAUACUUAACAUAUUCAUUAAUUAAUGUGAAAUAGUGCUGAAGUAAAAAGAAAAGUAUCAAAAACCCUACUUUGUAAAGGAAUUAGCAUCAGACACACAAAAUGAACAAUAAUGACACUUAAUGAUGUUUUGUACAAUAUUUAUGUAUACAAGUACAUAAAAGACAUAUGAUUAGUGGUGGAAAGUAUAAUUAAGUACAUUUACUCAAGUAGGCCUACUGAACUUAAAUACAACUCUACUUGAGUAUUUCAAUUUACUUUAUCUACAUUUUAGAGGAAAAUACUGUACUUUUUACUUCACCACAUUUAUCUGACAGCUGUUAUUAGGCCAACUAGUUACAAUUAGUUACUCUAACAUUAAGGUAGACUACCACUUACAUUAUAAUGUAUUAAUAAUGAUCCAAAUAUAUAUUGGUAAAAUGCCGACAGGUUGUACAUGUUGUUGCCAAUACAUCUGCACUUCUACGAAAGUUGAUUUUAUACCCAGGACCUUUACUUGUAAUGGAAUAUGUUUAUAGUGUGGUAUUGCUACUUUUACUUUGUAAAUUAUAAUGUUGUUUUUUUUCACCACUGGAUAUAAUGUAUAUUUUCCUGUAGUUAUUGAUAUUGUGGAAACCAGAGGUGUUCAAUAUUGAAUAAAUAAAUGACACAUUAUAAAGAAAUAAUCAUGUAAAAAACUAGAUCUACUGUUCGUCUUGAUUGACCGACAGAUUAAGAAUGUCAAUAUGAAAUAAAA